CUCUUGAGUAAAAUCCCAAGUUCCGUCUUUACCGCGAGGCAAGCGUGUGGCGCCAGGUGACGGCUGAAUGGAUGUGGAGUUCGGCGAGUCGGUACAUUCGGAGGAGGAGCUGGAACUGGUGAUUUCUCCGGCUUUAUCCGUUCCUAAAGUUACCACUUCCUUAUUUGACGAUAAAGAUGAAAUGUCCAGCGGGAAUGAAGUGUUGGAGGACGAAGGGGAAGAUGUGAAUAUUGAGGGGGAGUCCUUAGAAGAUGAGUCUGUUGAAGAGACUGUAGAGAAGCGUAUGAUUAACCUGGCUGAUCUAAAUCCUUAUAUUCUGUGCUCAAUCUGCAAAGGUUAUCUAAUAGAUGCUACAACAAUCACAGAAUGCCUUCAUACAUUUUGUAAAAGUUGCAUAGUUAAACAAUUCUACUACACUAACCGAUGUCCGAAGUGCAACAUUGUGGUUCAUCAAACGCAACCUCUAUAUAAUAUCAGGUCAGACAGACAAUUACAAGACCUUGUCUUCAAGAUAGUAGUCAAUUUGGAAGAAAGAGAAAAAAAACAAAUGUGUGUUUUCUAUAAAGAAAGGGGUCUAGAAGUUCCCAAACCAGUAGUUCCACAGCCUAUCUCAACUAACAGAGUAAAGACAAAGAAAUUAAUAGAACCUGUUUUCCGCAUUCCACCUGAAUUAGAUGUUUCCCUGCUUUUGGAGUUCAUGGGAGCUGAAGAAGGAACAGGAUGUUUUAAGGCACUGGAUAAGAAGUUUGUACGUGUUUCAGGAGAAGCUACAAUUGGACAUGUAGAGAAAUUCCUAAGAAGGAAAAUGGAACUUAAUGCAACUUGUCAAGUGGACAUAAUAUGUGGUGAUCACUUGUUGGAGCAUUUUCAGACAUUGAGGGAAAUUCUUAAUGCAAUUGGUAACAGUGCAAUUCAGGAUGGAUUACUUGUGCUUCACUUUGGUCUUGUGCUAUCUCCAUUAUCCUUAACUUGAGGGCUAAAAUGACUGAACAGCAGAGUUCCUUAAAAAAAAAGAAGACAAAAGGCCAUAAACUUCAUAUCUGGUCUUAAAGUGAAAACCAUAAAAGCUUUGGUACACUCAAGGAAAGGAAAAGGCUUUAUACGAAGAAAGUAUUUCAAGUUGAUUAUUGGGCUCAUUGGUGGUGUUAAUCCCUGUACGGCAGCUCUUACCAGCAACCUUGAUCAAUACAAAAAAUAAAUACAUGUGAGAGGCUUCAAAUAUAUUAUGAAGUUAGAAACCAUUGCUUGUGAGAACACCUUUCCAGUUUUUUGCUAUUAUAUAGAACCCUUUAGCAAAAGGGUUCUCUUCGUAUUGGUGACUGUGCUCUAGGGUCUACUCCAUUCCAGUUUUGAGAAUUUUGGCCAUUGUGCCUGGAUUUCUACAUCCUGGUCAUAGCUUUAUCUAUGAAAUAGCUAACAGUGGACUCUUUAUGCUUUAGAAAAUUCAUUCUUUUUUUUUUAUUAUUCCUGACUACUAAAAAAGCAUUGGAUUAUCCUAAAUCUAAUAUGAAGCUAUUGUCAAUUUAAUGAAUAGCUUAACAUAAUGCAAAUUUUGUAUUUCUGCCAGGUUUGCAAUGUUCUCUUUCUUACUGCUGAUAAAAAUGAUUGGUGCGUUUUUAUAAAUAUUUUUAUAUGCAGCAGUAUAAUUAAAAAUCACUGUAAAUUCGUUGCAAA